CGGGAAAUUUUUCUAUCCCGCAAUUCGCAGCCCUACAAUUCUUCUAAAAUCUUCUAUAUGCAAUAAUCUGGGCUUGUAAGUCGCAAUUGAAUUUUGGGUAGAACACGUGGGUGCUUUUUCGAGCCGUUAGUCGUUCUUAAAUCUGCCAAGCCCCGGUGGGCCAUGGCUUCAGUCGAAGGCAGCGGGCCGAAUGAGGCCGAUCACUCUCACAACGUGAACUAUCCUACCUCAAACGAAGGCUCCAGCCCUGCCGCCGACACCAAGGAUACGGAAUCACAUCCACAUCGGGACAGGCCUGGCCCGCCAUCUCUCAGUCUCUCCGCCUCAGCUAAUGCAUCGGCCCCGAACCGAAAAGGUCGACAAUCACAGGCCGGUAUAGCUGACAGCAAUAUCGAGAGAGCAAGCAUUUCUAUGCCCCCUCCGGCGACAAAACCAAUCGCAAACAAACGAUCAUCAUUCAGCAAAUCCUUUUUCAAAGGUUUCGAAAACGAAGCACAUACACCAAAUAUGGACACUCACACUGGCCGCGCCCAGUCACUCAGCAGCAGCUGGGCUGAUGGAUCGGAGGCAUCCUUUGGCUUAGACCGUACUCAUGGAACAGGAUCUUCCUCCAGUGUUACUGUCUCCGACUUGGGGGGCCCACAGACAGGGAGAUCUGCGCAAACAAGUACCGAUCUUGAAUCAAAACGCAUGUCGGUUUCCUCACUAUAUUCUCUAAACUCGGCGAUGCAAGCUUCAGCCCCAAGUGGUGAUAGCUCCAAUGCUGGCUCUGUUCACGAUGGUCAAAGCGAGGGCCAUUUGAAUCAUCCAACGACAGCCGUAGAUCCGGUCUCGGUUACGACAUCCUCUGCCCAACAUGCAAGCCCUGGACCUUACAGUCCGCAUCAGUUAACUCCCAUUGAACACUCUCUUUUCUCCCAGCAAGGUCAUUCGACUGCGGCUACACCUUCCGGGCGACCACAGCCCCCGCCCGGCCGUUCAAGAAGCCGUCAACCCCGAAGGCUCAGUCAUGGUACUGCGGCAAGCAGUCCUAGCAGCGAUAGAGGACUGCGCGCUCUUAAGGAAAGCAAGGAGCAAGAGGAUCAAAAGGCUCCUCAGGGAAUAAUCGGUAUCUGCGCUCUCGAUGUAAAGGCUCGAAGCAAGCCGAGUAGGAAUAUCUUAAACCGGCUCAUCGCGAAGAAAGAAUUUGAGGUUGUUGUCUUUGGUGAUAAGGUCAUCCUCGAUGAAGAUGUGGAAAAUUGGCCUAUCUGCGACUUCCUUAUCUCUUUCUUCUCUGACGGAUUUCCGUUGGACAAGGCGCUCGCCUAUGCGGAACUCCGUAAGCCCUUUUGCGUUAAUGACCUUCCCAUGCAAAAGGUCCUCUGGGAUCGCCGCAUCUGUCUCCGUAUUCUCGAUCAGAUCAAUGUCCCUACACCAAAGAGAGUCGAGGUUAAUCGCGACGGCGGCCCGAUAUUGUCAUCGCCCCAACUUGCCAAGCACGUGCUCGAGAUAACUGGCGUCAAACUUGAGGGACCCGAAGAUGGUACGGGAGGCGGCACUCCAGCUCCCGAAAACGUUGAGCUUUUGGAUGAUGGUGAUACGCUGAGUGUGAAUGGCACUCUACUGACGAAACCUUUCGUGGAGAAGCCAGUGAGCGGUGAAGAUCACAACAUUCACAUCUACUUUCCCAAGAGCUCGGGUGGUGGUGGAAGAAGACUCUUCCGCAAAGUUGGCAACAAGAGCUCUGAGUUUGAUGAGAAUCUGUCGAUUCCAAGGGCAAUCACGGAGCAAGGGGGAAGCUAUAUUUACGAGCAGUUCUUACGCGUUGAUAAUGCCGAAGACGUCAAAGCUUACACGGUAGGACCGGACUUCUGCCAUGCUGAAACACGAAAGUCCCCUGUCGUGGAUGGCUUGGUCCGGCGAAAUACUCAUGGAAAAGAAAUCAGAUACAUCACGGCUCUCUCCAAGGAGGAGGCUGCGAUGGCUGCUAGAAUCUCAGUCGCCUUUGGCCAGCGGAUCUGCGGUUUCGAUCUCUUACGUGUCGGUACUAAAAGCUACGUCAUUGACGUCAACGGAUGGAGCUUUGUCAAAGAUAAUAAUGAGUACUAUGACAAGUGCGCGAGCAUUCUGAGACAAAUGUUCCUGGCCGAGAAGGCAAGGCUAGAAGGAAGGACCGAUUCAGCUGCUCCUGCAGAAAAAGUUUUAGAUAAUUCUAGCGGGCAGCCCGCGAAGAAGCAGCAGCCUCAUUCUCAUCGAUCCGCACUCAAAACAAUUUUCAGGUCGCCAAGCAUGUCUAGGAUUGGGGUCCAUGCCCACCAUCAUCACGGGCAUGGAAGUCACCAUAGUGGACAUCACGGGACACAUCAGAACACACGCGCGCAGGGAAACGCCUCUCCUGAUAAUCCUGCGAUGACCGUGCCAAUUACCUCUCCACCGACUUUGGAUAGGAACUAUCAUAUGGAUACAUCUCCAUCGUCGUCAGUUCCGACCACAAUGACCGACCCUCUACCCCCUCCCGUUGUUCCGCCCUCCACUGGCAGUCCUGCUCGGCCAGCGUCCACGGCGGAGCAAAAAUCGCCUGUUCCGCCUCCCGCGCCCAAGCAUUCUUGGAAGCUUAAGGGUAUGGUUACAGUUAUCCGACAUGCCGACAGAACGCCGAAACAGAAGUUCAAAUUUACCUUCCAUACCAAGCCUUUUGUUGACCUUCUCAAGGGUCAUACAGAGGAAGUAUUGCUCGUUGGCGAGGCCGCUUUGGGUAGCGUUUUGAAUGCAGUACAGGUGGCUCUGAAAGAAGGAGUCGAAGACCCUGAUAAGCUGAAACUGCUUCGAACGUCACUCAUUCGCAAGGGUAGUUGGACUGGUACAAAAGUCCAGAUUAAACCCAUGUUUCGGAAGAGAAAGCAGGAAACCACGUCUCAGGAUGGGCAUUCCGACGCUUCGCCGAAGGAGAAAUUGAAGCAGAGCGCUGCCGAACGCACCCCCGAUGCGAAACAUUCUGACCAGCCGCCCAAUGGACCGGUACGGAUGCAGUCGAGAAGCGACUCAGUCUCCGAUGUCACCUUAUCUCGCAUAUCUGCUGCGGAAAAUAAUCUGGUUUUGGACAAGCUUCAGCUAAUCAUCAAGUGGGGUGGCGAACCUACACACUCGGCUCGCUAUCAAGCGCAGGAUUUGGGAGAAAAUAUGCGUAAUGAUCUCUUGUUAAUGAAUAGAGAAGCUCUUGAUGAUGUCUCUGUCUUCACCAGCUCUGAGCGCCGAGUCCGUGCAAGUGCUCACAUCUGGGCGACUGCAUUUCUUGAUGAGAAAGAUCUGCCCGAAGAUUACAUUUCCGUUAGAAAAGACCUUUUGGACGAUUCAAACGCUGCCAAGGAUGAGAUGGAUAAAGUCAAGAAGAAGCUUAAGACUCUCCUGCGUGAGGGCAACCAGGCACCACCCCAAUUUGCCUGGCCCAAGGAGAAUAUGCCUGAGCCUUCUAUUGUCUUAUCUAAAGUUGUCGAUCUCAUGAAGUUUCAUCGUAGAGUUAUGCGCUACAACUUUACUCACAUGUCUGGCAGUGCUGCUUCAUCACUAGCUGCCCAGGAAAAUGGACACGAGCAACCUGAUCACAGCCCAACUUCUCCAGGAGCCUUGGCUCAGGCUCAGGCUGUGUCCCAGAUUCAGGCUCGGUGGUGCUGCGGUGAGGAUGCGGAAUUGUUCAAGGAACGAUGGGAAAAGCUCUUCGCCGAGUUCUGCGAUUCUGAGAAGGUUGACCCCAGCAAGAUAUCUGAAUUGUACGAUACAAUGAAGUUUGAUGCACUUCAUAACCGCCAGUUCUUGGAGUGGGUCUUUACUCCUAGCGACGGAGUUCUCGAAGACGAUGCAAUCUCCAAUGCAAGCGCGAUCAUAACCGACGAGAAAACGGAUGAUGCUAAGCUUGGACCUGACGCCGCUGCGAGGAUCGACCCCAACUCUAGCACCGCCACCAUCACCACGAACACGACAAACACGACAAACACGACCGCUACGAACAGUGACAAUGCUCCUGAAAAGGGUAAUCUCGCGCACCGUAUCGGCCUCCGGCGCAGAUCCGUGCUGCAGCCUAGCUCACCUCGAGCCACACUGGCAACAUCUGAGGAGGCAAAGGAGUCCUAUUUCAAUCUCUACACCGGUGGAAACCAGCAGAAGAAAGCCAAGCUCGAUGCUCGUUUGACUAGGCUUCGCGAACUCUACAAGCUUGCCAAGGUCCUUUUUGACUUUGUCGGACCCCAGGAAUACGGCAUCUCUGAUAGCGAGAAGCUUGAGAUUGGCCUCCUCACAUCCCUGCCACUUCUUCAAGAAAUUGUUACCGAUCUUGAAGAAGUACAAGCUUCUGAAGGCGCCAAAUCAUUCGUCUACUUCACUAAAGAAUCCCAUAUAUACACGCUACUCAACUGUAUCCUCGAAGGCGGUAUCCAGACGAAGAUUGCGCGCAACGCCAUUCCUGAACUUGACUAUCUCUCUCAGAUCUGUUUUGAGCUAUACGAAUCCGAGAAUAGGAACCCGUCAAGCGAAAACAGCGAUGCCAGCAACGGAAACACACCCUCUGAACCCACCUUUAGCUAUAGUAUUCGCAUCACCAUCUCUCCCGGCUGUCACACUUAUGAUCCAAUGGACGUGCAGCUGGAUUCGAAGCACUGCAUCAAGGCUGCUCCACGUCGCAGUCUCACUCCUCAUAUCGACUGGAAGAAGGUCAUUGAGACUCUUCGCGCUAAAUUCCAUACUGUCAAGUUACCGAAGAGCUUCAUCGCGGUCAAUCUGUCAGAAAAGGUCCCUCAUGCGUUUAGCCCGGAGCCUCGAUCCCCAUCUACUUCGGGACCGCCUAACGAAGCGGCAAAGGAAAUGGAUGACGAAACAGAGAAGGACCCUUCCACAGGCGAGGAGACUGUCCCUGCCCGGCUCGCUUCCCGCGUCGAUGAGGACGAUGCUGGGGUAGCAGCGGCAAAGGCUGCGGAGAAAGAAAAGCAGAGAGAAAACGAAACUGUCGGCGAUCAAAACUCCGCUGACGAUACACCUACUGCGACCUGAUUGCUCCCGGCUGGCAGCUUUGUCAAACCGCUUCGGCAAUUUGCCGCAAUUGAUCCUCCGACAGACGCGUCACUCUUUGCAGUUGACCACUGCGGUCAAAUCGCCUCGAAUUGGCCUUCACUUGGUGAUCUUCAUCUGUAAAUUUCAUUUUCCCACCAUUUGAACAGCUUGGGCCUUCCCG